CCAUGAGAUCUUAAUGGAAACGCACAAAAAACUAAAUUUUAUUUAAAUUCCAUAAAAAUUAUCAGUGGACAGAUUAAGUAAAGACAACCCUUUUUUAUAAUUUACCUCAACUUUUUGUUUGUUUUUGGUUUUUUUUAUUUUGUUUUUUUGUGUACUGCAGCUGGUCUUUACUUAUUGGCCAACAACAUAAGCUAAAUCUGGUUGUUUACCAUGUGGGCUCUAGUUUCACUUUUACCAAGAAGCUGUGGAACACAUGUCACUUUAUACUUUAAGCUAUACUGCAUUUAUUUAACAAAAUGCCUUCUGUAUUUGCUGCGGAAAAGUGUCAAACCGAAUCCAACCCAACUGAGGACAUUAAAACUAUAAUUAAGAAAAUAAAGAGAUGCAAGUCAAAAGUUUAAACUACGAUGUAGCAAAGAUUUAUUUACCAAACAUUACACAAAAUUAAAUAUUGCACACACAUUUUUGUUAUGAUGGACUGUUUACACUCACCUUUUAGGUACACCCUUUUGCCUUAGUUCCUCACGGCAUAGAUUCUGGAAACAUUUCUCAGAUCCACUCAUCACACUCAUCACAGUUGCUGCAGAUUUGUCGGCUGCGUAUCCAUGAUGUGAAUCUCUGGUUCCACCGCAUCCCAAAGGUGCUGUAAAAGAUUGGAAUCUGGUGACUGUGGAGGCCACUUGAGUACAAAGAAGUCAUUGACAUGUUCAAGAAACCAGUUUGAGAUUAUUUGAACUUUGUGACAAAUAAUCUCAUUCUGCUGGAAGUGGUGCACUGCAGUCAUAAUUCAAUAUGAGUCUCCCAUUUUUUUUAAGAUAUAUUUCACAGUCACCUCAAAGGACUUUAUAUUGUAGGUUAAAACAUCUACAGCAUAAAAACCCUAAAGGGAUAGAAAUGGUCAGCAGCUGUACUGAGGUAGGCUGUGGUAUUUAAAUGAUGCUCAGUUGGGGCCCGAAGUAUCCCUUGCAACAUGAAUACAUGCAUCCUUGUAUCACCAUUGAUACAAGGAUGCAUGUAUUCAUGCUGUAUUCAUGUUGUUUGGGUCAAAGUAUGACCCUGCCAUACAAAUGUUGCAGCAGAAAUCGGGCACUGUUUCUUUUUUCUUUUUCUUUUUUUCUUUUUUUGUUGUUCAAAUGUGAUCGUGUGCAAACUGUAGUCUGUUUCCUGUUCUUAGCUGUGGCCUUCCAAUUAAAGGUUCAGCAUGGCGUGCAUUCAGAGAUGCUCUUCUACAUACCAUUUUUUUUUAACAAGUGACUAUUUGAGUUACCAUUGCCUUUCUAUCUGCUUAAACCAGUCUGCCCAUUCUCUGACCUCUAGCACCAACAAGGCCUUUUCUCUCACAGAUCUGCGCAGCUCACUGGAUAUUUUUUCUUCCCUGACAAUUCUUUGUAAACCCCAGACAUGGUUGCAUAGGAAAAUCCCAUUUAGAUGAUCAGUUUCUGAAAUACUCAGCUCAUCCCAUCUGUCAGUACCAACCAUGCCAUGUUCAAAAUCACCUUUGUUCCCUCUCUAAUCUUAAAUUGAUGUGAAAUUUACCAAGACUACCUCCAAAUUCUUCAUAUUAAAUCUCUUAUCAAUAAAUUUGAAUAAAUUAUAAUCCCAUGACCUAGCUAAUAUAAACUCACCACCUGUAGGCUUGAGUGUAGCCAACAAGCUGUCAGUCCGUAAAUUAACCAGCAAUAUUUGAAAAAUAAAGCAGCUCAGUGAUGUUCAGAGUUGCCAUUAAGAAGUUUAGUCCAGAAAUAUGUCGUGAAGACUCUUUAACCAUUUGGAAGAAAAAGAUGAACAAACACUUUAUGCUAAUACACGUGAGGCUAAUCUUAAACUUAAAUCCAAUCGUUUUCUUGCUUGUUUAUUGAUUGAUUUAUUGUCUAAAUGUGACUACUAUAUACCGACAUGAAUUUGUACACACUUACCAAAAUAUUUAACAUACUUUUCUUAUACAAAAAAAGCUGUUAGGCUAGCUUAGUUAAACUGGCUAAUCUUGACUAAAUGUGCCUAAAUACAAUAAUAUUAAAACGUAAAAAUGGCAGCAACUUUCAGACUCAAGCUUACAUGGUUGCCAAGAAAAUUAGAAAUUAUUGCAUAAAUAUGAAUAAGCAUAGAUAGCUAAGUAUGCCGAACUGCUUUCCAAUAUAAGCGCUAACCUUGCUUAUGUCUACAGUAUUAUACAUGUCAUGUCUUUUUGGCUUCACAAAGAUUAAACGAAGAGAAUUUUAUGGACUUUUAGUAUUAAAACUGGGCUGGCCCACAUGUGAUUGUGGACUUUGUUUUGUAAGUAUGCUCCCUGGAGUACCAACUAGUAGAAAAUCCACAACACUUAAUGCUUUGAUAGACUCCACUCUUCUUCAUUGUAACACACUUUGAGCCACUCGAUAGAAAUGCUGGAAAUUUUACACACUACUUUUGCCAGAUCUUAUUAUAAUCUACUGCUAAGAUAAUGUUUCCUUUUUUUAAAGUUUCUCCUAUAAAUAGGAAGUUAUUUCUAUCUUGUGCCACCUCAAGCUUGGAUUGCCAGUCUUAAAUACUCCAAACAUAUUUUUUUGUGUAAAAUUAACUCAUUGUGGUCAGAGGUUUAUAACAACUCAUCAUGAGCAUAAACGUCAUACUAAUUUUGAGCUUUUAGUGGUUUCUUUGAGCUUUCUAUUUGCUGUGUGGAAGGAUUGUACAUCAUAGAUUUUUAAUGACUUAAAUAAGCAAUGGGUCACAAAUCAGAAUUUAAACAGUAUUUUCUAUAAUCCACACGGGUUCAGUUAUACAUAGAGCCUCAAAUUGACCAAUACUCAGAACAAUGAGAAAGUCCAAGCAUCUCAGUGAAGAUCUAUGAAGCUGUACUGUAGAUUUACACAAGUUGGGAAGAAUUAGGAGUACCUCCUAAUUCUUCAACUUUACCUCAAAUCAACAGCUGGAUGAAUGAAACGUUAACAUAUUUGGGUGUUCCACCUGGACAAUGAUCCCAAACACACAUCAAGACGGGUUUUGGAAAGGCUUACAUCCAGCUUCUGGGAUGACCUUUCCAAGUACCGACCUCAAUCUGAAAAUUUGUGAACUAAGUUUAAAAUCUGUGUCUGUGCCAGGAAACCAACUAAUUUAAAUGAACUUUACCAAAACUGGUCAAAUUUCAGAAUUGUGCUUGAAGCUUGUUUAUAGCUACUAAAAGCAUCUGGUUGAGGUGCAGCUUGCUAAGGGAUAUUUAACCAAAUAUUACAUUUGACUUCUGUAUGUAUGCUUUUGACCCUUUAUGGAUUUAGAGAAAAUGCUAAACACAUUCAAACUUUUGCACCAAAUUCUUGUUGUUUAAAUACAUUAAAGAUUCGCAAUCAUUCCAUUAACAUUAUUAUAAUUAUGAUGAUGAUAAUCGCUGAGCUGUAUUAAGCUGUUGUGUAACCACAGAAAAGUGGUAACACUGAGCAGACAUGGAGCAGGGUGCACCCGGAGCUGAGUAGUAUAAUUCAGGGACGCACACGCCCACAGAGCAUCUGCAGCAUUGUGCUGCAGCCAUGCGCUGCCCUCCUCUGAUCCAGGGACAGCUUGAAUACCGGCAGCAUGGAGCACAUGUCCUCUCCCGUCAGAUUUCGCAGCAAUAAAAAAGCUUCAACUUUCUCGGGCAAGGAGUUGUCCAGUCUGUCCAUAAGGGACCAGGAGGACAUGCAGUAUCCUUAUGCCAUGAGGGAUUUGCCUCUCAUGUCUCACUCUGGUGAACAGCACCAGAGACCAGGCCACUAUGGAGCAGAAGGCAUUGGGAGCCCCAUCAAUGGGAGACACCUCAGCCUUCCUGGGACUCCCUCUCUGGUCCGCACCAUCCCCUUCCACCCCGGUGGCUCUCCAGCAGUCCCUCCCAGACAUAAUCACAUGGGACUGGAUCCAGAAUUUCAGCAGCUACCGCUGAGGAGGCAGAUUGUUUCUCAGGUGUCUCUGGACUCGCCGCUCAGCCCUUCCAUGCGCCCACGUAGCCCCUGGGGACGCUUCGACCCCUACGACUCUCCUGAGGAUCAGGACAAGGAGUACGUAGGUUUUGCCACAUUACCAAACCAGGUCCACAGAAAAACUGUGAAGAAAGGCUUCACAUUCACACUUAUAGUCGCAGGGGAGUCCGGUCUCGGUAAAUCCACACUAAUCAACAGUUUGUUCCUCACGGAUCUUUACAAGGACAGAAAAGUUCCCAAUGCUGAAGAGCGGAUCAGUCGAACAGUCGCCAUCAUCAAACACACCAUUGGCAUUGAGGAGAAAGGAGUCAAACUGAGGCUCACCAUCAUAGACACGCCGGGGUUCGGAGAUGCCGUCAACAACACAGAAAGCUGGAGGCACAUAGAAGACUACAUCGACCAGCAGUUUGAACAGUACUUCAGAGACGAGAGCGGGCUGAACAGAAGAAACAUUCAGGACAACAGAGUCCACUGCUGCCUCUACUUUAUCUCACCAUUCGGACAUGGCCUUCGACCUCUGGAUGUGGACUGUAUGAGGGCGCUUCAUGAAAAAGUCAACAUAAUUCCUGUGUUGGCCAAAGCUGACAGCCUGACACCAGCAGAGGUCUGCAGAAAGAAGAUGAAGAUCAGAGAGGAGAUCAAGCAGUUUGGGAUAAACAUCUACCAGUUUCCUGAAUGUGAUUCAGAUGAGGACGAAGACUUCAAGACACAGGAACAGAUACUUAAGAACAGCAUCCCAUUUGCUGUGAUUGGGAGUAACGUACAGGUGGAGAGUAAAGGUCGUAAGUUCAGGGGUCGUGUCUAUCCCUGGGGCGUGGUAGAAGUGGAGAACCCGGCUCACUCCGACUUCCUGCUGCUGAGGAACAUGCUGGUGAGGACGCACAUGCAGGAUCUGAAGGACGUGACGCGGGAAAUUCACUAUGAGAACUACAGAGCUCAGUGCAUCCAGAACAUGACUCGCAUGGUGGUGCUGGAGAGGAAACGCAGUUUGCGUGAGAAGUAUCGGGAUGUUAGUGAGGCAGACUUUCCUCUGCCUCUGGCCGUCGCCGACACUGAGAAGGAAAGACUGAUCUAUGAAAAGGAUGAAGAGCUGAGAAAGAUGCAGGAGGUCCUAGAGCGGAUUCAGGAGCAGAUGCAGCACAGCCAUAGAGGUGGCUGCUGAUUCUCACCAUAGAUCCCUGAAACAGGAGCCAGACAAGGAGCACCCAGAGUCACAGAGGAGGCCUUGGCAAUUGGCAAGCUUGAAACUGGGCCUAUUUCUAAUUGUUCUUACUUAGGAUAACUUGCAGUGAGAAUCAUGGCUGGAAUCACGACUUUCCAAAGAUACGAGAAAAGAUUUCAUUGUUUUUUCCAGAUCUAACUCCUGAUCUAAACUCCUAUUCCUAAACGCCUUUAGAAAAGAAAAUUCAUGAACUUUAUUUUAAAACAUUCUACACCUAUUAAGGAUACUGCAAGGACAUGCAAGUCAAAAGCUCAGGGUUGCUGCUUGGGAGCAUCUCAGCAGGAUAACUGAUUUGGACUUUGUGGAAUGAGUCACCCAUUCGAAAAACCAGAGCGCUCCAACUGUUUUAGUCACAUGCUAGUUAAAAAAGGAA